AAACUUUUUUUUUUUUUCAUCCAGUUCUUAUCGGCUCACAAAAAUUCCGACAAGUCGCAACACCAGCCACGCAAGCGCAGAAUCCCAACUAAAAAUUGUCAGACGCAAAGGCCACCACUCGUACACCUGUCGGCAUUGGCGGGAUUCUCAAAAGUGUUAGUCCUGCCCUAGAGGUCCGUUCCGUCUGUCAGAUUCAGUGCUUCAUCUCAGCUUUGGGCCUGUUCGUCUGAUUCGGCGCACCGAGCCACCCUCCAGUCCACUCACAUUAACUGUUGCCUUCUCAGCCCGUUUGCCUUCUGCUAAAGACGCACUCAGCCUCCUGCAGUCUUACAGCUCACUUGCGCCCCCAUCUGAAUGCUGCUCGUUUCUGGCAAGAUCUGCACCAGAAAGCAUAGUCAAAGUUGCGUGAAGUCGCAAUCGGCCUGUUGAGACUCUGCGUCCCAACAUCUUUUCGUCGACAAUCAACACCAAAGACGCAUCGCUAGGUUCGCUUGAGCACUCAAUCAGCCGUCAGACCAACUCCUGGUGGAUCAUCCUACUCAGCCGCCCGCAAUAGAGCAAUUCGACGCCGGACCACACUGUGACUCGUUGACCUGAGCAAGUCGUCCUAACCUCUGCUUACUCUUCGCCAAUUGGAAUUAGACUCUGUUUCACCGUUAGAGACAACACACCAGACUGCAAUCAUGGUGUCCUUUUCUUGUGAAGUUUGCGGCGACGUCGUGACCAAAAAGAAGCUCGACCCGCAUCGCCAACGCUGCUGGGGUGCAAACUUCACCUGCAUUGAUUGUAUGACCCACUUCCCGGGUACUGAAUAUCGCUCCCAUACGAGUUGUAUGACGGAAGAGCAAAAAUAUCAGGGUGCUUUGUAUCGACCCAAGAAAGGAAAAGGCCCACAAAAUCAGAACCAGAAUCAGAACCAGAAUCCGAACCAGAACAGGAAUCAGAAUAACGUCCAAGCCAUGGCGCAACCCGCGUAUGUCGAGGAGGUUGCGGAGGACUUUGAUACAUGGCGCCAGCACGACAACAACGGCAAUGCGGCUGCUCAGGCACCCACUCCUCCUUCAGCAACUGAGGCUCCUGUCAACGUUUUUGACUACAUGGUCAACCCUACACCAACCACCUCGCGCGUUUCCGUUGCGGAAGAGCAGCCUGGGCAGACGGAGAGCAACGAAAUGGUACGCUACGAGUCCAAGACCAAAGAGAGCACAGAGAACGCUGUUGUUCACCACGAAACCCCGGCGCCAAAGAAGAAGUCCAAAGAUGGAGAGAAGGAGGUUAAGAAGGAUAAGAAGAGGAAGAGGGAACUCCACAUCGAGACAGACCAUCCGAUGACCGACGCGCCCCCUGUUUUGCAUUCCGGAUUGACUGGGGGAAUCAGCCGCAUGAUGAGCAGACCCGAUGUCUUCCCUCCCUCGCCAGAGUCCGCGGAGACACCGGCUAGCCCACUCAAGAAGUCCAAGCACUCGAAGCACCACAAAUCAGAGAGUCUUGGAAACAGUCUGAUGGCCAUGAUUGCUGGUUCGAAGCUCAAGAAGAGCAAGUCCUCGAAGACGAAGGAAUCGAAGGACACCAAGGAAGGGAAGGAGAAGAAGUCAUCGUCUGCGUCGCCGUCAUCCAAGAAGCACAAGCAUAGCCACAGCAAGUCGCUCGAAGUACCCAAGGAGCAAAAGAUGAUUGAGUACACGCCCGGUUCCAAGGACGGCGCCGUCGACAAGGACAAGGAUAACCAGGUCGUCAUCUUCCAGCCUCGCGCCGAGCGUUUUCUGAGCUUCGUCAACAAGGGCCCCGAGAGCGAUAAGGGUGUAAGCCUCAACAAGGCACUGAAGCGCUAUCACCGCGAGCGCAGCGCGUCGGGAACUAGUGUGAGCAAGCUGGCGGAAGAGAAGGAGCUGUGGCGGUCGUUGAGGAUGAGGAGGAACGAUAGGGGGGAAAUUGUAUUGUUCUGUGUUUAAGUAGAUGCUCGGGGUGGGAAAAAAAGCGCGAGAAAUACAAAUACGGACAACAAUGUAACGAAAAGGAAGGAACGAAGAUGGUGUGUCACGGCGUUUGAGGGGGCACACCUGUCCAUUCUUGUAUUGGAAUUAUGUACCAUACCCAAAUCAUGUGUUACUACUUUCGUAUUCUAUUUACAUUUCGAAAAGUGGCAAAUACUGGAACAACCA